AAGGUAAAUGCUGCACUAAAAGCUCAGCUCGAUAAGUUGUGGCACACUACUUCCAUCUACUAUACCGAACCGAUUCUGGAAUACGCUCAGAAGCUCACAUCGAAGUUCCCUAGUCAUAUGAAGUUAUUGUCGUCGAUUGUCUCACACCCGGCGCAACACGUAUGCUUCUUCACCAACUCCGGAUCCGAAGCGAACGAUCUCGCACUGACCUGGCCAGGGUUCAUACAGGACGAUUUGAUGUGCUUUCUAUGCGUAACGGAUAUCACGGAA